AUGCUAUUCUACUUCUCUCUUCUUACCCUUUCAGCGUUACUGGUAAUGCUGUUGUACCGUUACCGCAGUGUUCUUCCUCUUCCUCAGCGCUUGCGCUCUUUUCUUCAACACCCAUCUUCUGCCAACUAUGCCCCUCUCAACACAUUCGCAGAUCAAGCUGCUGCUGGCCUGUCAAGCUCCACGUUCGACAUCGAAGCGAAUAAUUUGAUGGAAGGGGAUUCGAGGCUUGGGCUGGAUGAGAAUGGGACGAGGGAGGUGAGGGAGAUCAUGAGAAGAGAGGGUGUCGCGUUCGACCAGGCCAGGUUGAUUCGGCAUAAUCGCAUUCUCGCGGCGAAUGGUAUUGACCCAUCCGGCAUGCCUAUGGAUGCGAAAGCGAUCACUCAUCUCUGA